ACGUGUUACUUGAGUCGGCUCCGGAACAACGCCUACAAGAUUUUUAGAUAAAGCCUUGAGAAGAACUUGAGGCCAAAAGGGGAGGUGAGGGGGCUCUGACCCCAUACCUUUAGGCAGAGGAAACAGCCCUCUUCUAGAUUAGCAGGUUGACAAGAGUUCCCCGAGAUUAGAAGCCCUGAAGGAGCGGGCAUCCUCCCAGCUACCCCAGGAAUGUGGUCGUGAGGCAGAGCCCGCAGCUUUCAGAAGAAGAGUAGUCUUGGGCCAUGGCCCAGGUCAGCAUCAACAGUGACUACAGCGAGUGGGCUUCCAGCACUGAUGCUGGGGAGCGGGCCCGUUUGCUCCAAAGUCCCUGUGUGGAUGUGGUACCUAAGAGUGAGGGGGAGGCGUCUCCUGGAGAUCCAGACAGCGGCACCACUUCGACGCUUGGAGCCGUCUUCAUCGUCGUCAAUGCCUGCCUCGGUGCGGGUCUGCUCAACUUCCCAGCAGCCUUCAGCACCGCUGGGGGCGUGGCAGCUGGCAUCGCCCUGCAGAUGGGCAUGCUGGUUUUUAUCAUCAGUGGGCUGGUCAUUCUGGCCUACUGCUCUCAAGCCAGCAAUGAGAGGACCUACCAGGAGGUGGUGUGGGCCGUGUGUGGCAAGCUGACAGGUGUGCUGUGUGAGGUAGCCAUUGCGGUCUAUACCUUCGGAACCUGCAUCGCCUUCCUCAUCAUUAUUGGGGACCAGCAGGACAAGAUUAUAGCUGUGAUGUCGAAGGAGCCGGAUGGGGCCAGCGGCAGCCCCUGGUACACAGACCGCAAGUUCACCAUCAGUCUUACCGCCUUCCUCUUCAUCCUGCCCCUGUCCAUCCCCAAGGAGAUUGGCUUCCAGAAAUAUGCCAGGUUCGGAGGUCCCAACCCAGCCUGGGCCAGACAGAGACUCUGAUCAAAGGCAACCGGAGAGCCAUUUCUGCUUCCUGAGCGUCGUGGGCACCUGGUACGUCACCGCCAUUAUAAUCAUCAAAUACAUCUGGCCAGAUAAAGAGAUGCGCCCGGGGGACAUCUUGACUAGACCAGCGUCCUGGAUGGCUGUGUUCAACGCCAUGCCCACCAUCUGCUUUGGAUUUCAGUGUCAUGUGAGUAGUGUACCCGUCUUCAACAGCAUGCGGCAGCCCGAAGUAAAGACCUGGGGCGGAGUGGUGACGGCUGCCAUGGUCAUAGCUCUGGCUGUCUACAUGGGCACAGGCAUCUGUGGCUUCCUAACCUUUGGAGCUGCUGUGGACCCCGACGUGCUCCGGUCCUACCCCUCAGAGGACGUGGCUGUGGCCGUUGCCCGAGCCUUCAUCAUCCUGAGUGUGCUCACCUCCUAUCCAAUCUUGCACUUCUGUGGGCGGGCUGUGGUGGAAGGCCUGUGGCUGCGCUACAAGGGGAUGCCCGUGGAGGAGGAUGUGGGCCGGGAGCGCCGGCGCCGGGUCCUGCAGACGCUGGUGUGGUUCCUGCUGACCUUGCUACUGGCGCUCUUUAUCCCUGACAUUGGCAAGGUCAUCUCGGUCAUCGGAGGCCUGGCAGCCUGCUUCAUCUUCAUCUUCCCAGGGCUGUGCCUCAUUCAAGCCAAACUAUCAGAGAUGGAGGAGGUCAAACCUGCCAGCUGGUGGGCACUGGUCAGUUACGGAGUCCUUCUGGUCACAUUGGGAGCCUUCAUCUUCGGCCAGACCACAGCCAAUGCCAUUUUUGUGGAUCUCUUGGCCUGAACUCUGCUUCCCCAGAAACAUGAGGACCGAGCAUCGCUCAGAGCUGUGGAGCUGCCCAAGUCCCACGUCCCAUUCCAGCCAGUGAGAUGACAUGUGGACUCCUUUCCCCAUGGACAGUCAUGAGACAAUCAGCCGCAGAUCUGUGGACGGCUCCCGCCCAGCUGCCUUGCAUCCUGACCCCACGUUCUCAUGGAUGGAGGUCCCAUAUCACAGGAGCUUCUUCCCCUUUGCUCGGAUCUCCACUUCAAGCCUUUGGGACUUGAGGAUGGAGAGGGUCAGUGGGUCUCAGAAGAGAGAGUCUAUUCUGACUUCCCUCUGGAAAAAGAACAACAACAAAAAAAUGCAUCUGCAGAGGGCUGGCGUCCUCCGCGGAGCGUGGCAGGACUGUGCUCAGUACCUCGGGGUUUUGUGCCUGCCCAUGUCUCUCAGAAGCCAGUGACAACUUCUCCUGGGACCUGGCAACUUCCAAAGGAGCUGCUGACAUCAUAUAAAUGUCCAAAUUCCCCUCUUGGUCCCCUAUGAGUCUCUGGUAGCUUCGCAAGUCUUUGGGCUCCCUACUGUGACUUUGUCCAAACAAAGUGGUCCAUGUUGGGUUUGCUUCUGCUGUGUUCCCGGACAUCACCAAGUCUAAUGUUUACAAAGCCAGCCUGGCUUCGGAGCUAGGGGCUGCCAUGCCACGGUGCUCUGAGCACUCCUCCGUUAGCUCUUUAUGCAUGGGCAGAGGGUCUGUUGUCUUUUUCAGAUUCCAGAUAAGCCCGUCUUUUCAGAGGUUUAGGGUAGGAUCUUUUAGACCAUCCUUCCAGGCAGGGAUGCUCAAGGUCCGGGUGAAGUUCUGCCUCACUCCUCCAAGCCUGUCCUCUCUCUUCUCCCGCUAAACCCAGCCCCAGAACCCAGAAGGAGUUAGACUGGGGACCCUGGAUGUUUCCCUUCCUGUUUCCAUCUUUACCCAUCCCCACAUGGCCAUCCCUCUCCCCCAACCCUAUCUCUUCUCUUUCUUCAUUUGUGGGUUUUGUUAUUUGGUGGGGGGGGGGGGGGGUGUGGCGCCAGACCCUGUCACACCAGCUUGCCUGGCUCCACACGUCUGUCAAGCCUGGCCUCCAUGCCUGGGAAUCCUGCUGAAUCAUACCCACCCCAGGUGAGGUCAGCAUAGACACUUCUCUCUUGACUGCCUUAGCUUCGAACCUACCCCUGCUCACUUUUGUAAGUCCCAAGUACAGAAUUGGUCUUUAUAAAUCUAUUCUGUCUAAAACACUUAUCCUAGGAGUGAAAGGGACCCUUCCCAGCAGACUACCCCCUGCCCCCAACACAGGUCAGUCCUGUUGAGGCAGGAGGCUUAGCAUCCAGACUUGCUGAAUUGUUGUUCUCCCAUCCAUCCCUGGUACUUCUGGUCCCGCUACACUGUUUUCCCCUAGCCCCCCAACCCCCAUAAGCCUCCAAGUGCUGCCUUUCACAGUGACCAAUCACAGAGCUGGGCAUGGCUUAGAGACGUGCUAGCUGGGACAGUUGGCUAGAACCAGGCUUCAGCUUGUCCUCAGGACCCCCUUCCUCCGUCCCCUUUGCCCUCUGUAUCCAGUUUCUUGCUGGUUCUUUUCUACUCAAGCACACUUGGAGACGUGAGGAUGAUUAAUAAAGGGACUUACACUGCUAAA